CGGACAGGCGGCACCCAGUCCUGGAACGCAUGGCUUCCCGCGCCCGGGCGGGGCGUCUGAGCGGCAUUAGGACCCAGGCGCGGCGCGGGUGUGUGUCACCAGCUUCCUCCACUGGCUGGGCCGAGACUCCAAGUUUGGGGUCCGAAGCACCGGGUAAGGAUCCCGGGUGUGCGCGCGUAUGUGCAGCCGCCCCGCAGCCUAUCGCCAGGGCCAUGGCCACAGCCACCAGGCGCGUGUUCCAUCUACAGCUAUGCGGUAACUCUAGUAUGUCGCAGAGUGGGUUCUUUGAGGAUGCAGGCUAUUUCAAGUGUGACAUGGAUGAUGCCUCUGAAACCCAUGAUGAGAGCCUGGGGGAAGAGGCCUUCGACACGGUCAACUCCUCCAUUGUGUCUGGCGAGAGCAUCCGUUUUUUUGUCAACGUCAACCUCAAGGUGCAGCCCACCCAGGCUGCUGAGAGUGAAUUGCCUGAUGGCUGCGGGCUCCUCCACACCUCCCGAAAGUACCUGAAGAUAAAGGACUUCAGGGAAGAGAUCCGAGCGCACCGAGACCUAGAUGGCUUCCUGGCACGGGCCAGCAUCAUUCUGAAUGAGACAGCCACCUCGCUGGAUGAUGUGCUGCGGGCCAUGAUACUCCGCUUAAUCCAUGACCCUGACAACACUGAGCCUGACUGCAACGUGGACUCGCUCAUGGCCAUGCUCUUCACUGAUGCCGGUACCCCCAUGGAGGGUAAAGCCCACCUGCUGUCGGAUACCAUCCAAGGAAUUACUGCCACCAUCACAGGGGUGCAGUACCAGCAAUCAUGGCUCUGCAUCACCUGUACCUCCAAGUCCUUACUGAAGCGGCACGUGUGCAUCAGCCGCCUGGAUCGCCCGCAGAACUGGGGGGAGAAUUCCUGUGAGGUGCGAUUUGUCAUCCUGGUGCUGGCCCCACCCAAGAUGAAAAGUACCAAGACUGCAACGGAGGUGGGGCGCACAUUUGCCACCAUGUUCUUGGACAUCACAUUCCGCCAGAAGCUCCUAAAGACCCGCACAGUGGAAGAAUUUAAAGAGGCCCUGGUACAUCAGAGACAACUGCUCACUAUGGUGAACCACGGUCCAACCUCCAACAGAAAGAGCUCCGUCAGCAUCCAAAGACAUCACCAGCCCCUGCAGCUCAAGGACUUUCUCCCUGUGGGGAAGGGCAUCUGGGAGGACAUUGCUCGCAGGUUCCCUGUAUACCCACUGGACUUUACCGAUGGCAUUAUUGGGAAAAACAAGGCUGUGGGCAAGUACAUCACCACCACCCUGUUCCUCUACUUUGCCUGCCUCCUGCCCACAAUUGCUUUUGGGUCCCUCAACGAUGAGAACACGGAUGGGGCCAUUGAUGUGCAGAAGACCAUGGCUGGGCAGAGCAUCGGAGGCCUCUUAUAUGCGCUGUUCUCCGGGCAGCCGCUGGUGGUGCUGCUGACAACUGCACCCCUGGCUCUCUAUACCCAUGUGAUCCGUGGCAUCUGUGAUGACUAUGAUCUGGACUUCAGCACCUUCUAUGCAUGGACAGGCCUGUGGAACAGUUUCUUCCUUGCACUUUAUGCCUUCUUCAACCUCAGCCUGAUCAUGAGUCUCUUCAAGAGGUCAACGGAAGAGAUCAUCGCCUUGUUCAUUUCCAUCACAUUCGUGCUUGAUGCUGUUAAGGGCAUGGUCAAAAUCUUCCAGAAGUACUACUAUGGUAACAGCCUUUGGAGCUACAGCGCAGAUCACACUUCCCUGAAGAGCCUGCUGGGCCUUGGUGCCAGCCUCAACACCAGCUUCCACAGUGCCCUCAAUGCCAGCCUCUUGGCUAGCCCGCAGGGGCUGGCCUCAGUGAGCGGCCAUCCCAGUGUUCACACAAGCCGGGAAACGGCUGUGCUCAGCCUCCUUAUUAUGCUGGGUACACUGUGGUUGAGCUAUACCCUCUACCAGUUCAAGAAGAGCCCCUACCUGCACCCUUACAUGCGGGAGAUCCUGUCAGAUUGUGCCCUCCCCAUCUCCGUGCUCACCUUCUCCCUCAUCUGCUCCUAUGGAUUCCGGGAAAUUAAGAUGAGCAAGUUCCGCUACAACCCCAGGGAUAGCCUGUUUAAGAUAGCUGAGAUGCACUCGCUGUCCCUGAACGCCAUCAGCAGUGCCAUGGGCUUGGGCUUCCUGCUCUCCAUGCUCUUCUUCAUUGAGCAGAACCUGGUGGCUGCCUUGGCUAAUUCACCAGAGAACAGACUGGUGAAGGGCACAGCCUACCACUGGGACCUCCUGCUCAUUGCCAUCAUCAACAUGGGGCUGUCUCUGUUUGGGAUGCCCUGGAUCCAUGCCGCCUACCCCCACUCCCCACUGCACGUUCGGGCACUGGCUCAUGUGGAGGAGCGUGUGGAGAACGGGCACAUAUAUGAGACGAUCGUGAAAGUGAAGGAGACGCGGCUGACCACCCUGGGCGCCAGCAUCCUGGUGGGCUUCUCUCUUCUGCUGCUGCCUGUCCCACUGCAGUGGAUCCCCAAGCCUGUGCUCUAUGGCCUCUUCCUCUACAUCGCCCUCACCUCCAUUGACGCCAACCAGCUCUUUGAGCGCCUGGCCCUGCUGCUCAAGGACCAGGCCUCGUACCCACCUACUCAUUACAUCCGGAGAGUACCCCAGAGGAAGAUCCACUACUUCACAGGCCUGCAGAUACUGCAGCUGCUGCUACUCUGUGCCUUUGGCAUGAGCCCCCUGCCCUACAUGAAGAUGAUCUUUCCCCUCAUCAUGAUUGCCAUGAUCCCCAUCCGCUACAAGCUGCUGCCCCGAAUCAUUGAAGCCAAAUACUUGGACGCCAUGGAUGCUGAGCACUGAGCCUGACUGGCAGGCUCUGGCUACAUCACAUUCACCUGUCUCCUGGGAGUUCCUAGGCUGGCUCUUUGUGUGGGGAGGUGUGGGUGUCUUUCGGGGUGUUGCUCUAUGCUGUGCCCCCUCACAGCUGUCCCAAUAAGCCUAGGGCAUUUGGGCAUUUUGGGGGUUCGGUGGUGUAUGCCUACAUUUCUCCAUUAGCCUUUUGCUUUGGGUCAAGAACACUGCUCAGGGCAGCUUCUACCCAGGGUGAGACUAAGCAGAACGGAUUUUCUUUUGAUAAAAGAGUCAGUCAGAUGCCUGAAAGAAACUAUUUCCUUGAUUGUGUAAGGAACUUGCUGUGUGCAUAUUAGAAAAUAAAGCUCCUGUUUCUGUGCUUCCA